AUGAAAUUAUACCUCAUCCGCCAUGCGGAAACGGUACAUAACGUGGAACGAGCCUGGGCGGGCACAACUGAUUCAGUCCUCACAAAUCAUGGCAUGCUGCAAAUCGAAUUUCUGGCACAAAGCUUUGCCUCCAACACGAUCCACUUUGCAUCUGUAUUUGCCUCGGACCUUACUCGAACCCGACUUACAGCAGAGGGGAUAUGUCGCCAUCAACCAUCGGGUGAAGAUAGUGCCCCUCUAACACCCACUUUGACAGCAGAUCUACGAGAAAGAGACUUUGGAUCUUUGGAGGGCACACGCUGGCGCAAAAACUUGACUCCAAACGAGAAUAAUAUCAAUCCUUCAUCCGAUGCUGCCGCCGCGGGGCAUGUUGAGAUCGAGUCCUCCACCUCAAUGAAGCGACGGGCUACUGCAUUUUUAAACAGCCAUCUUUUACCUUUACUCUUUGAGGACACACAAGCAAGCGACACGAUAGCUGUCGUCUCCCAUGGCGUUUUUCUUCGCGUACUGUGGGGUUGUAUCGUGGAAUUAUUCGAUUCGAAGAAUAUUUCCAUCGAACCCGACAUCUACGCACGACAUGAGGGUCCAGGAUCACAACUGGUACCAUCUUGGUCGAAUACGGGAUACAUGAGUCUAUCUAUACAUUCUCAUCCAUUACCUCCUCCACUCCCACCACGCGCAGGGUCCACGCAAACACCAGAUAAUACGAGCCAGGGGCAAUCAGACACAAGCACGCCUGUCUCAUCGAUAAUAUCCUCGAAUGCCCUACUACACGGAUGGUCCAUGAAAAUCUUGGCCGUUAAUGAUAAAAAACAUCUGUCAGGCCUACGUCGUGCCGGCGGAGGCAUAGGAAGCGCAUCGCACGAUACCCGGCAGAAGAGGAUAGAUCAUUUCUUCGGAUGA